CAAAUAUUGACCAACCCUUAAAUCGUCUACAUAAAAGCGCAUGGUGAAAAGCUACUGGCAAACCCGUUGACAUCACACGCACUCAUGGCCAACGAUGGAUGAAAGCAGCAAAUACAGCGGAGCAAGAAAUAGUAAUUCGGUUCACAAGUUAGAUUCAGCGCAGUCAGCUCUGGACACUGUCGCAAACAUGGAAGACAAGCGAGGCCAGCGCGCCCACGGUCGAUUCCAUGCGUCGACUCGUUUUCACUUUCUUCAUCCUUCUCAUCCGGGAGCAACUCAGACGACUCAGAAGGACUCAAAGUUAACGAUAGCAGAGGCGUAUCGUAGAAAGGAGAUUGGCUACAACGCAUGCAAUGUGGAUCCCAGAACGCUGACAGACAGCUACACACUAUGGACAGUGGAUACCAAACAAACGUUAGUUUGCGAGGAUAUGAAAACUAAAUUCGAGCCUCACCCGGAUACUGCGUUUAUGCUUGGACCACCACAUUUCGCAAUUCCUGCUCCCAAGCCGACCGCAGAGUACAUAAGGGCUGCGAGCGAAAAGGAUCCCACUAGGCUGGAAACUUACCAGCCGAUCCUUCUGAUCCUCGAUCUAAAUGGCACCCUGCUUUUCAGGCCAAGUAAGAAGCGAUCUGACCAUUUUCAACGCCGCAGGCACCUGGACGAAUUUCUCGGUAACGUUUUCGAAUCUUUUCACGUCAUGUUCUGGACCACAGCGCAGCCAGCAAAUGCUCAUCUCAUGCUUGAAGGCCUUCUUAGCACUCAUCAAAUUCGGAACGUCGUUGCCUUGUGGGAUCGUCUUAGCUUUGGUCUCACCUCUCGCCAAUACAAUCAGAAAAUUGUGGUGUACAAGCAUCUUGAGUGGGUCUGGAAUGACGAUCGGAUCCAGAGACGUCACCCAUAUUACCUACAAGGGGGCCGAUGGAGUCAGUCAAAUACGAUCUUGGUAGACGACUCCGCAAUUAAAGCCACCGCGCAGCCAUUUAACCACAUCCUGGUGCCGGAGUUCAAAGGCCCUGAUAGCGAUAGGAACAUCAAGUGUGGUAGCGUGCUAGAGCAGGUUGCAGGCUAUCUUGACGUGGUAAGUUCGUACAGCAACGUGAGCGCGUACAUGAAGGCGUUCCCAUUCAAGGUCGACGAGGCAGGCUACCUCAAGCCUUUGUGGCCACAACCAGGCCCCGAAAACGACCGUUACGAUGUGCAGGCGAAGCUCACUGAUCCGUGAUGCGAGAUGCAGCCAAGAAUGAGGUAUUUGCUGCCUGGGGAUAGGCUAAAUGCAUGGCUAUGCCAGCUGUGAGAAGAGCGCCACUGCUGGAUACCACUUGCAUACAUAGCGUGGGGCUCGGAAAGCAUGAGCACGAGCACUUUGAUGCACAGCUACAUCGCAACUAGUCGAACGGGAAAGCCAAAGAACGUGACUAUAUGACUGUCGUAGCAGAUGCCACGCGCUUCUCUAUGAUUGGAAAGUGAAAUAGAAAUGAAGAUUGACGUUCGAAUAUACA